AUGGGUACAGGAAAGAAAGAAGCCACUCGUAAAGAGCGGCAGGGGAAGGUUGGAGAUGGCAUGGGCAAUGUCAAGGUUAAGGGUGAAAAUUUUUACAGAGAUGCGAAGAAGCUGAGGACCUUGAACAUGUUCAAGGAUGGCAAAGCCCGACACGACGCUGCUGGAAAUGUCACCCAGGCCGCCUCCUACCAGUCGAGAGACGCCCCCGUUGCUAGGAUUGAGCCUCACCGUAAAUGGUUUGGCAACACUCGAGUGAUCUCCCAAGAGGCUUUGACCUCGUUCCGUGAGGCGGUUGCCGAGCGUGCUUCCGACCCUUACCAGGUUCUUCUCAAGACCAACAAGCUCCCUAUGAGUCUGAUCAGAGACGGUCAAGGCGUCAAUGGGUUGAAACAGCAUGAGGCGAAGAUGGCCAUUGAGACGUCGCCGUACAGUGACACCUUUGGGCCCAAGGCUCAGAGAAAGCGUGUCAAGAUGGGUGUCUCGUCGCUCGAGGACCUGGCUGGCGAGACGGCCCAAAAACAUGAUGCUUAUGUCGAGAAGACGGACACGGGUCUCCAUGAAGAUGGAACACCUAUCGUCUCGGGAGAUACGAACCAGGAGGAUAAAAUGCUUGGUGAAUACGCUAUCUCACGUGAAGCCGUUUUCUUGAAGGGUCAAAGCAAGCGAAUCUGGAACGAACUGUACAAGGUUAUUGAUUCUUCCGACGUCGUCAUUCAUGCGCUCGAUGCGCGUGACCCUGAGGGUACCCGCUGUCGAAGCAUUGAGAAGUAUAUCCGCGAGGAGGCUCCUCACAAGCAUUUGAUCUUCGUGCUCAACAAGUGUGAUCUUGUACCAACAGGUGUAGCGGCUGCUUGGGUUCGUCAUCUUUCUAAAGACCGCCCAACUCUCGCGUUCCAUGCUUCGAUCAACAAUUCGUUCGGUAAGGGAUCUUUGAUCCAGCUUCUGAGACAGUUUUCAUCUCUUCACGCCGAUCGAAAGCAGAUUGCUGUUGGUUUCAUUGGAUACCCCAACACGGGCAAAUCCUCUAUCAUCAACACUCUGCGCAAGAAGAAAGUGUGUACCGUGGCCCCGAUCCCUGGUGAGACCAAGGUUUGGCAGUACAUCACUUUGAUGAAGCGGAUUUACCUCAUUGACUGCCCUGGUGUGGUCCCACCCAACCAGAAUGACACCCCCGAAGACAUUCUGCUUCGAGGUGUUGUCCGAGUGGAGAAUGUGGAAAACCCCGAACAGUACAUGCCUGCCAUCCUGAAGCGGGUUCAGCCGAAGCAUCUCGAGCGUACCUAUGGUGUUAAGAAUGCUGAAGAUCCCAUCGAGUUCUUGAGUAUCCUUGCCCGCAAGGGUGGCCGUCUUCUUCGUGGAGGAGAGCCGGAUUGUGAUGGCGUUGCUAAGAUGGUCAUCAAUGAUUUCCUGCGAGGCAAACUCCCGUGGUUUACCCCCCCUCCUCACACCCCUAGCGAAGGGGACGAGAAGAUCGAAGGCCGCGAGGGCAGACUUGGCGAGAUGGGUCGGAAGCGAAAGCUUGACGAGACCACGCUGGAGGGUGCUGAAAAAUCCGCAAAGGCCUCUGACAAGCCUGCCUCUGCGGCCGAGGAAGAUUUCGAGGGAUUUGGUGACAGCGAUGACGACGAUGACUCGAUCGCCAACCUCGAAAUUAGUGACGAAGAAAGCGGGGAGGAGAACGAUUGA